CAGUUCUAUUGUGAAAAAAGAGCAGGAUAAUGGAAAGCCUGUAGAUGAUCCAGAACAGGAAAAGAAAGUAAGAGAAAGGAGAACUAAAUAGAUUCCUAAGAAAGAGAAACAAGCAGUUCAGAACAAGUUAAGUCAAGUCAAGUAAUGAAGCCUUCCUGACAUGCCGUAUACUUAGUCUAUACAGAGGAGGAAAAACCUUCGAUGAAUCAUGACCAACACAAAAUUACAUUCUUAUCUUCUCAGUACCAUCAGUUGUCUCUGCCUUCUUCAGUCUGGUCUCUGUGAAGAGUGCAGCAAGACUGUCCUGGCGAGACGUUUGACACUUCAUGUAACUGCAGGGGACAGUUUGUCUUUGUCCUGCGUGGUCAAGCACUGUGGAGACACAUGGACGGGGGACUGGAUGUGGAGAAAUUCAACAGAAGAAAAUACUGAUUACAUGAUUAAGGAAAGUGUGAGGCAUGGCUUAAGCAGCGCGACGCUCUCAGCCAAUGAAACACGACUAACUUUGUAUAUUGUCAGGGUCGACCAAUCAAAUGAAGGUUCAUAUGGAUGUAAAGUUAAAUGGGUCGAAGGUGAAACUGCUCAGGGGCAUUGGACUUAUGUGAACAUUACUGCAGCUCUCCCAUUGCAGAGGAGUGUAUCGCACAGAGUUUUUGUCUGUGCUGGAGCGUCUUUUUGUCUUCCCAUCAUUCUGGGAUUGGCACGUUUUAUGAGUUCACAAGUCAAGCCUCAGCCAGUUCCAGCACAUGAUGACUUAUACAGAAAUCAACCACACCCGACUCCGCACCUUCCAACACCAUGUCUGCCAACCCUGAAACAUAAACCAGUAAAUCAGAAAUGUAGCUCCUCAUCUCAGAGAGCACCCCCAAAGCCCCAGAGGAACACUGAGGUGGUGUAUGCAGAUAUUUCCCAGGGAGCACUGAGUCAACAUGGAGCCACCAGAGAGCCUCCCCAGUCAACUGUGUACUCAUCCCUCAAAUUUCAGACUGUUGUCAAAACAUAAUAGAGGUGCAAAGUUGUCAGCUGCAGAUCAGUUAUCUAUUCAUUUCAACUUGAUUAUGAAUGUCUUAAUGUAACCUUUAAAAUAGAUUGAUGGGACCUGGGAGCGUCUUUUUUCUCUAUCAUGAGUGUGUGAUCUGAUCGUCCUUUUUUUUUUUUUGACGAAUAAAAAAGUCUUAAAUCCUU